AUGACCAUGUGCGUGGCCGACAGAGUCUUCACUGUUCAAAUCAAUGACACACAGGCAGUCGUCUCUGAGGUCGCCUCAGAGAGUCGUCAGCGUUAUCAUAUCAGCCUCGUCCUCUCCAGCUUCUACAUUAUACUCCUGUUCCCUGUCGGCUUCAUCGGGAACAUCCUGAUCAUAGCGGUCAACCUGAACCACAGGGGCCGCCUGACAGCCCCAGACCUCUACUUUGUGAACCUAGCCGUGGCUGAUUUGGCCCUUGUGGCGGACUCUCUGAUAGAGGUGUUCAACCUGAAGCAGGGAUACUACGACAAGCCGGGCCUCUGCACCUUCAUGAACCUCUUCCAGCAGAUCAACAUGUACAGCAGUGUCUUCUUCCUAACCUGGAUGAGCUUCGACCGGUUCGUCGCACUGACUGGCUUCAUGGGUCGCAGCAUGCCGCGUGCACGCCUCAGCUGUUCCCUCAUCUGGGUGUCCUCGUCUCUGCUCACCGUGCUUCCUUUUGCUAUAGCUCAAAGGCAACAUGCAGGAGAUCUCCACUUCUGCUUCGCUAACGUGACCCAGAUUCAGUGGCUGGAGGUGACGCUGGGUUUUUUGUUGCCUUUCUGCAUCUUGGGUCGGUGCUACUGGAGAAUAGCUCAGGUGCUCCGGCGGAGUCACAGGGGACAGGGCGGCCCGCAGCAGAAGCCUCGCAGGCAGAAAGCCCUGCGUAUGAUCUCUGCAGCUGUGUUAGUCUUCUUCCUCUGCUGGCUCCCGGAGAACGUGUUUGUGAGCGUUCACCUUCUGAGAGGAGACACAGAUGGCGGCACACUGUGGCAGGACUACCCUCUGACGGGUCACGCUGUCAGGCUGGCAGCCUUUUCUAACAGCUGUCUAAACCCGCUCAUCUACAGCUUUGUUGGAGAGACCUUUCGGGAUAAACUGAAGCUUUGUCUCCACGAGAGGAGCAAAUUGGCCAAACUGCACAGGUCAUCCUCAAGAAAAGCUAUUUAUGUACCAGCUACAAACCCAUGUGACCAUGCAACAUGCAGAAGACCAAGCCUGUCAACACAUUUAUGCUCCAACAUCCUCCCGCAAACUGUUCUGCUACCCCCAAAUAAAUACCGCAGAUAAUCACACAGAUACUAGAUAACAUCAUGUCUGAAUCAUCAGUGUAAAGAUGCUAUUUAUGGACAAUGUAAAGG